AUGCAAAAUACAGUGCGAGAUUAUCAAGCUGAUAAAAAUAAAAUUAAAGAUUUCCUUAACGAAUUCGAAGUUGAUACAGCGGAUGGUUAUAAAGCAUCAAAAUAUGUUAAACAAUUAAGAAAUUUAGCUAAUCGUGAACAAACAACACUAGUUAUUGAUAUCGAUGAUGUUGCUACAGUUGAUCCUGAAUUAGCUGAUGCUAUUGUUGAAAACUCUCGUCGUUAUAUUCAAUUAUUUUCACAGGUGGUUCAAGAACUGUUGCCUGAACUUAAAGAUAAAGAAAUUGAAAAUAAAGAUGUGUUAGAUGUUUAUAUUGAACAUCGUGCAUUGAUGGAACAACGAAUACAUCAUAAUUCGGAUGAAGCACGUGAUCCAAUGAAUCGCUAUCCAGAAGAAUUAAUGAGGCGAUUUGAACUUUAUUUUAAACCGCCACAAACACAAAAAUCUUUAUCUGUUCGUCAAGUUAAAUCAAAUAAUAUUGGUAAAUUAAUAUCAGUUAAAGGUGUUGUUACUCGUACGACUGAAGUUAAACCAAUGAUUAGUGUAGCAACAUAUACAUGUGAUGUAUGUGGUUCAGAAACUUAUCAACCCAUAACAUCACCAACAUUUAUGCCACUUGUUAUGUGUCAAAGUCAAGAUUGUGUAACAAAUAAAUCUGGCGGACGUUUAUCGUUACAAACACGUGGAUCAAAAUUUAUCAAAUUUCAAGAAGUUAAAAUUCAAGAACAAACAGAUCAAGUACCUGUUGGUAACAUUCCACGUUCAAUGACAAUAUGGUGUCGAGGAACGAACACACGUUUAUCUCAACCAGGUGAUCAUGUUGCUAUUAGUGGAAUAUUUUUACCGUUACUUCGAACUGGCUUUCGUCAAAUGACUCAGGGUCUUUUAUCGGAUACUUUUCUUGAAGCACAUCGAAUCGUUUUAUUGAAUAAAAGUGAAAAUGAAGAAAUGGAGAAUAGCGAACUUAGUGAAGUUGAAUUGGCGGAUUUAUUUGCUGAAAAGGAUUUAUAUGACCGUUUGGCAUUGAGCAUAGCACCAGAAAUUUAUGGACAUGAAGAUAUCAAAAAAGCUUUACUUCUGCUACUUGUUGGAGGUAUUGAUAAAUCUCCACAAGGAAUGAAAGUUCGAGGAAAUAUAAAUGUUUGUCUUAUGGGUGAUCCUGGUGUAGCAAAAUCUCAAUUAUUAAGUUAUGUCAAUCGUUUAGCACAACGUAGCCAAUAUACAACUGGACGUGGUUCGUCAGGUGUUGGUUUAACAUCAGCAUUAAUUAAAGAUCCUAUUACAGAUGAAUUUGUACUCGAAGGUGGUGCAUUAGUAUUAGCUGAUCAAGGUGUUUGUUGUAUUGAUGAAUUUGACAAAAUGACUGAACAUGAUCGAACAGCAAUCUACGAAGUUAUGGAACAACAAACAAUUUCUAUUGCUAAGGCUGGUAUAUUAACAUCUCUGAAUGCUCGUACAUCAAUACUAGCUGCUGCAAAUCCAGCAUAUGGUCGAUACAAUCCAAAGCGUUCAAUAGAAGCUAAUAUUCAAUUGCCAGCUGCACUUCUAUCACGUUUUGAUUUACUUUGGAUAAUUCAAGAUAAAAAUGAUCGUGAGAUUGAUUUAAAACUGGCUCGUCAUAUUGCAUCUGUACAUCAAAAUGGAUGUCAACCAGAUGUUGAACAUAGUCAAAAUUCUGUUGAUAUGAAAACAUUGCGGCGAUAUAUUGCAACAUGUAAAAAGAAACAACCAUUAGUGCCUGAAGCAUUACUUGAUUAUGUUGUAACUGCAUAUGUUGAAUUACGUAAACAAGCACGUGUAAGCAAAGAUAUGACAUAUACAUCAGCUCGUAUGCUUUUAUCAAUAUUACGUUUAUCAACGGCACUUGCUCGUCUUCGUUGUGACGAUCUUGUAUCCAAAGAUGAUAUUGAUGAAUCACUUCGUUUGAUGGAAUCAUCAAGAUUAAUUUUGAAGGAUCAUGACAAUGUAUCGACAAGGCAAAUCAAUCCAAUUGAUCAAGUAUUUGGUAUUGUACGUGAUAUGGUACCACUUUCAGGCACGAAAAUUGUUCGUUACGGCGAAGCUAAAGAACGUUGUAUUGCUAAAGGUCUCAAACCAGAUUUGUUUGAUAAUGCACUUGAACGCUAUGAAGAGAUGGGUCUAUGGUAUGUCAAUCAGCAACGUACAACAAUUACAAUUAUUUAA